AAAACAAAGUCAGUCUGUGUUUUGCAACACUGUGAAGUACAAGUCAUGUCGUCCUAUAGUCUAUCAAGAACUCUCAGGACACAUUCACAGUGAAAACUGGAAAUUCGUGUCAGUUUCAUAAUCAAGUUUUCAUUGAGAAUGGAGUUUUGUUCACGUGUGCAUCUUUUUUGAGCUUUGAAACACAAUGGACUACAUGGACGAAAUGGAUGAAGAUCAGCUCAUUGACUUUGUUAUCCAAAUGAGCCUCCAAGAUGCUCACGGUCUCUCCGUUUUGAACAAACCGCUAAGCACUUUAGAAACAGCCACUGAUGAAAACCUCAAGAUUUUAUCUGCUAUAGAUCAAGGUGAUGUGUUUGCACUGAAGCAGCUGCACAAAUACAGUGAUGCCUAUAAGGAAGAAGACAGCAAAGGUUGGCUACCGAUGCACAGAGCCUCAGUCCAGCCGGAUGUCCAAGUGCUGGACAGCGUCCUCCUGGCGUCCUAUGAGCUGAGCAUGGAGGGGAUGACGGCUGACGGAGACACUGCUUUGACUCUGGCUUGUCAAGCAGGACAUGUGGAGAACGUGAAGGUUCUUCUCCAACACGGAGCAUCUCCACACAACAUGAACAGCAGGAACGAGACUCCACUUCUGCUGGCUGUGAGGGCAAACUCAUAUGAGAUGGUUGAUGCACUGAUAAUGGCAGGCGCCUCCGUGCAGCAGGUUUGUAUGAAGAAAUGGACGGUCACCCAUGAGGCUGCUAAAGUGGGUUGCGUGGACAUCCUGAUGCUGCUGCUGAGACACGGGGGGAAGGCCACGGGACGGGACGGUCAUGGGGUCACACCACUGGGCAUCGCAGCAGAGUACGGCCAUCCAGAAAUACUGGCAAUCCUUAUUGAACAUGGGGGCGAUGUCACAGCACAAGCUUCAAAUGGAGACAGUGUGUUAUAUGACGCCGCAGGUUGUGGGAACCUGGACUGCAUUGAUUUACUCUUACAACAUGGUGCCAGUCCUAAUGUAGCCAGUCUUUGCUGUCAGCUGCCGAUUCACCGCGCUGCCUACGAGGGGCACUACCUGGCUCUGAAGCGAUUCAUUCCCAUCACCACUAAGAGGGCCGUCCGUCUGUCUGGGAUGAGUCCGGUUCAUUCUGCGGCAGACGGAGGCCAGGCUGAUUGUCUCGAGCUGCUCAUUGAGAAAGGCUUUGACGUCAAUGCAAUCCUAGGCUGCCAUAUAUCUGAAAACUACGGUGACAUGAGGAAGACCCCGCUGUACUUUGCUGUCUGCAAUGGAGACGUCACAUGCGCCGAGAUGCUUUUGAAAGCAGGUGCGAUGCCCGACCUGGACCCGCUGCGCUGCCUCCUGGUGGCGGUCAGAGCUGGGAAAUACGAGCUGGCACGGCUGCUUCUUGCCUAUGGAGCAGAUGUCAACUGUGUCUUCUCCGUCGUCAGCGACACAUUAUUUCCUACGGCACUGCAGUACUGCAUCAAAGAUGAAAUGAUGCUGCGCCUGCUCCUUAACAACGGUUACCAUGCAGAAAGCUGCUUUGAAUGUUACCACGACAACUGUGUAACAGCACACACUUGGGCAGAGGCUCCUAGCCAGUCAUACCAAGUCAAGACUGCAGGGAAUAAAGUAACCUUUUGCGAGUUUAUAAGCGUGACAUGGAUGGCACACUUGGCGGGGAGGACUGUGCUGACACUCCUGGAUUACGUGAAUCAUGUGCACAUCUGCUCUAAACUGCAACUUAUUCUGGAGAGACAGGAGGAGUGGCCCGAUAUCUGUGACAUCCUUAGGAAGCCACGCUCUCUGAAACACCAGGCCAGGUUGGUUAUCAGGAGUCGUAUGACACUGAGAAAACUGAAUGACCCAGAGUUCAUGAGCACCUUUCCUUUCCCCCCGGCACUGAAGAACUUUCUGCUCUACAAAGAAUAUGAUGUUUAUGGUCGAAUGGAUGAACAGUAGAUAUAUGUCUCUACAGUGCCAUGCUAAAGUUUGGGAAUCCCUUGUGGAAUCUGUCAGAGAUUCAUGAAAGAAAUGCAUGAGACAGCUGGGGGGUGAAAACUUUUGAACAGGAUUAAGAUUUCCAAAUGUUUCUUUUUUGGUUGAAAUAUCAUUUUUCCCAUUUAGAACUGCCCUUUGGAAGCAAGAGAAGAUACUUGCAUGUUUCCCGGAAGACAAAUAUAUAUAUAUAUUUUUUUUAUUUUUUUUAAGUAAAACCAAUUGUGCAUCAUGUUUCCUUCUGGAGUUAGUGAAUUUAUGCAGCUAUUGAUUAUUUUUGAAUAUUUAACUGAUUAAUCUACCAAUUAAUGGAGGAUUUGGAUAAAAAGUAGUUUUCUUUAUUAAAGAGCAAUACUUAAUAUGCAAGAGAAAAUGAGAUGGGUCUCUUAAAGGGAUAAUUGUUUAUCCGCUCACCCCCAGGGCAUCCAAGAUGUAGGUGACUUCAGUAGAACACAAACCAAGAUUUGUAACUCAAACUGUUGCAGUCAAUCAGUCUCAUAAUGUAAGUGGAUGGCAAUCACAGCUAAAACAUACAAAAACUAAAACGAAGGCAUAAAUCAGUAAAAGGCAUAAAACAGUCGUGGAUCACCCAGGUAAGCACAUACAGUAUUAAGAAACAAGGGUUCCCAAACUUUUGAAGAGGGUUAUUUCAAUAAUUUUUUCUCUCUCUCUCAAGUCUCAAUUUAUUUAAAAGGCACAAUUAAAAACAACUACAGUUGACCAAUACGAUGUACAUGUUGUAAAAAACAUGUAUACAAACCAAGCAAACAUCAGACCACAAACAACAUCACAAGUCAUAGGCUGCCGUGAAGAAAUAUGUUUUUAAAUUUGAUUUAAAAAUAUGUAAUGUUGGUGCAGUUCUACUAUGGAUCGGUAACGUGUUCCAAAGUUUAAAUUAAAAAUUAAAUUAAAUUAAAUGUAUGCAUUUAGCAGACGCUUUUAUCCAAAGCGACUUACGCAGUGCAUUCAGGCUAUCAAUUUUUACAUAUCAUGUGUUCCCGGGGAAUCGAACCCCCAACCUUGUUGCUUGAUAAGCAGUGCUCUACCAAUUGAGCUAAAGGGGCACAAAAAACAUGUAGUUUAGGUGCGGCUAUGCUAAAUGCUCCACCACCCCUAGAUUUUAAUUUAACAGUUAACAAACUCUGGUUGGCAGAGAUUUUGUCUUGUGGACUAAAAGCAUCUUUUAUAUAAACUAUCUUACUCAGGACAGUACUAAAUUAAAAAAGAACAUGCAUUUUGUAGGAUCUCUUCUUAGUUUAUUAAAAUUAUUCACAUUUUCACAGAUUCUACAAGGGGUUCCCAAACUUCCGCAUUCCACUGUAUAUGUAUUUUAUUCCAAUUUAUUCACAUGAAGUGAAACUUCAUACUUGUAUGAGUGAAACUAUAACAUUGCAAUUUUGUAAUAAUGUAAUAAUGUUUUAUAAACAUUAUGUUAAAGAUGUGUUAUAUGAAGAUGUGUUUUAAUUAUAAAAUGUUCAUAUGUUAAUGCUCACAAAACAAAUCAUCUUCAAGUCCAGGUCACAUUUUGCCCUAAAACAAUGAGAAAAAGUAAACAUGUAUAUGCACCUUUUUGAUUUUAGAGUGAAACUUGACCUGGACAUGAUCCUGACAGGUUACUCUAAAUAGUCUGCAGUGUGUAAAUUUAUACCUAAAUACAUGAUUUACUCUGGAAACAGUUUGACUGACAUAUAUUUAAUCACAUGCUAAAGGAUUGCAUUACUUUUCAAACCAUAACAAUUGACAUAAAUUUCAAACUUCACCAACACUGAUCCUGGCUCGAAUUCAGAAACAAUGAGGAUUUGUGGAAGCGGUUGUUGCUAGAGACACUUGUUAUCAGAGCAACAACAUUCCUGCACUGUCAACGCCAGUCGGCGGCUCCAGAGACGGAGCAGACAUUGUGUUCCUGUAAUAAACACAGAUCCUAGCCUCACGCGGAUGUUUGGAUCCAAUGAGACAACCAGCA